AUGAAGAAACUGCAUGAUUUCGGACAAUGGAUCUUGCUUAUACCCAAUGAAACCACGAUUACGUUAAGCUGUCAAGAAGACCAAGAAGCAGUCAAAGUUUUGGAAUCCCACUUAGCCGAAAUUCUAGUCGGUUGUACACUGGAACUAAAUCAAGUCCUCAUCGCCAAUCAAGAACCUCUAUCGAUUGGAAGUCAGCCAAUUAUUUUUCCAAAUAUCGAUACCAAUACUUCAAUUGCUACCAAGCCGAAUGACGUCAGCCUUCAUCUGGACCAAAUAGAAUUUGAUGAAGUUUACAAAAUAAAAAGAAGAUUAAUAGAAAACCGUGUUGACAUCCAUUCACAUAAGGUGUCGCAUAUUCCCAGUUCUUGGACAAUCCUGAUGUAUGGAGUACUGCUGCUGCUACUUUGCUGUUUUGUCUACAAGAAGAUCAUUCCGAUAAUUUUUACUAAGCCGAAGAAACCACAAAAAACCCCUAUUGAAGAAGUUGAUCUUUCGAAAGUGCAACUUCCUCGUUAA